CGUAGCUUUGCUAAGGAUUUAUCAGCUAAGCAGAAAAUGAGCUUAACAUCCUGGUUUUUGGUGAGCAGUGGAGGCACCCGCCACAGGCUGCCACGAGAAAUGAUUUUUGUUGGAAGAGAUGACUGUGAGCUGAUGUUACAGUCACGAAGUGUGGACAAGCAACAUGCUGUACUUAACUAUGAUGCCUCUACGGAUGAACAUUUGGUGAAGGAUUUGGGCAGUUUGAAUGGGACAUUUGUGAAUGAUGUGAGAAUUCCAGAACAGACAUACAUCACUCUGAAGUUAGAAGAUAAAUUGAGAUUCGGAUAUGAUACUAAUCUUUUUACUGUUGUCAGAGGAGAGAUGAGGGUCCCUGAAGAAGCACUUAAGCAUGAAAAAUUCACAAGCCAACUCCAAUUAUCGCAAAAAUCUUCAGAGGCAGAAGGAUCAAAGCAAACCAGCUCCAAAAGCUCAGAAUCCAAGGUGACAGACUCCACAGCUGAAGUGCACCACAAAACUACAGAAGCACUGAAAUCUGAAGAGAAAUCAAUGGAUCUUUCUGCCAUGCCUCGUGGAACACCUUUGUAUGGACAGCCAGCCUGGUGGGGUGACGAUGAAGCUGAUGAAAAAAGUGGUUGUAAGCCAGAUAGCAAGCAUGAAUUAAAAAUGCAUGAGACAGGGGCUUCAGGAUGCAGCACAGAUGCCAAGCAAGCUGAGGAGCAAUCUGCAGCAGCAAAUGAAGAAGUUUAUCCUUUCUGUAGGGAGCCAAGUUAUUUUGAAAUCCCUACAAAAGAAUUCCAGCAACCUUCACAGGUAGCAGAGAGCACUAUUCAUGAAAUACCAACAAAAGACACCCAAAGCUCCCAUGCAGCAGGUGCAGGGCAUGCUUCCUUUACCAUUGAAUUUGAUGACAACACUCCAGGAAAAGUAACGAUCAGAGAUCACGUGACAAAAUUCACAUCGGAACAGCGUCACAAGUCAAAAAAGCCGCCUUCCUCCGGUGGUCAGGACCUGCCUGGGCUUCAAACGGUGAUGAUGGCCGCAGAGAGCAAAGUAGCAGAUUGGCUAGCACAGAACAAUCCUCCUCGAAUGAUAUGGGAACCAACAGAGGAGGAUUCCAAAAGUAUUAAGAGUGACGUUCCAGUGUACUUGAAGAGACUGAAAGGGAAUAAGCAUGAUGAUGGUACACAAAGUGAUUCAGAAAAUGCUGGUGCACACCGGCAUUACAGUAAGCAGGCAGCGCUUGAAGAACACCUAAGGCAUCAUCAUACAGAGCUGAAAAAGUCACAACAGAAAGUCCAUUCCACGGAAAAGCAGCAAGAGCAAGCGGGUUUGAGUCAGACUGCCUUUAUGAUUGAGUUUUUUGAUGAAGACCAUCCUCGAAAGAGACGUUCUUACUCUUUUUCUCAGAAUGUAGGAGCUCUGUGCCCAGAAUCUCCAUCUUCAACACCUCAUGCGCGAGCUGAAAGAGUGAAACCUGCAUCAGGAGAGAAGGCAGCCUCUUCAUCUGUGCAAGCUAGCUCAUCGCAUCACAGAGCAGUACAUGGUGUUCAUGCAAAACUUCUAAAACAAAAAUCAGAAGAACCCUCUGCCCCAUUACCUGUCUUACAAGCUGCACUGUUAAGGAGUUCAGGAAGCCUUGGCCAUAGGCCUAGUCAGAACCAGGAGAUGGACAAAAAGUUGAAAAGCCAACAUAUUUCUGCUGCUACUGAAAAAGACAAUGAGGAUGACCAGAGUGACAAAGGUACUUACACUAUUGAGCUGGAAAAUCCCAAUUCUGAAGAAGUGGAAGCCCGUAAAAUGAUUGACAAG